AUGGCUACUAAUGGCACGACUGAUCCUCAGGUCACCACAUCCACUGAUGCGGUCCCUCUCACCACUUCCUCUCUUCUUCAUAUUAACAUGACUAAUGUCACCAAACUUACCUCCACCAACUACCUCAUGUGGAGUCGCCAAGUUAAUGCCCUCCUUGAUGGCUACGACCUUGGUACCUUUCUUGAUGUUGAGGCCACCAAACCAGAUCCAAUGAUCACAACGGCUGGAUCUACAACGGCUAAUCCUGCCUAUGCUGUGUGGACACGCCAAGAUAAGCUCAUCUACAGCGCUCUUCUUGGUGCCAUCUCCCUUGCUGUUCAACCACUCCUCUCUCGUGCCUCCACCUCUGCUGACGGCACUUGUACCAUUGACGAGUAUGUCCAAGGACUCACGAUGUGGUUUGAUCAACUGGCUCUUCUAGGCAAACCUGAGGAUCAUGAGGACCAGAUCCGUUACAUCCUCAAAGGUCUUCUUGAAGACUACAAAACAGUCAUUGAUCAAACUGAAGGACGUGAUGUGGCGCCAUCGAUUCCAGAACUUCAUGAAAAACUCCUCAACCGUGAAGCCACCCUUCUCACAUCAGCUAAUGUGGUCUCUGCCCCCAUCACUGCGAACUAUGUCCACAACAAUCAACGCUCCAAGUCCUCCCAUCCACGACAACAUCAGCACAACCAAGAUUGGUCCAACCAACAAAACGGUGGUCAACAUCGUGGAUCUCGGCCUUACCUGGGUAAAUGUCAGAUCAGCGGCACCCAAGGCCACUCUGCUAGGCGUUGCCCACAGUUCCAGUCCCCACAACUUCAGCGACCACUUCUGCCCACUCCUCGUGCAAACAUGGCUCAGACUACUUGA